AUUCUAUUUAAUUCUAUUCAAUUUCAACUUUAGCAUUCUAUUUAAUUCUUUUCACCUGGCUUGACGUUUAUCAGCUUCAGAACUUAACAUCUACUCAAACUCUGCUACCAAUAUGUAUAAAUAUUAACCUUGCUACUUCCUUUGUGCAUCAAGAAGAAGCCUUAGGAAGAGAAAUCGGCAAAUCAACAGCUUUUCAGCACUUCCCGUUGCUUAUAAGUAUCGAGUAGCCGCAGAAGGUAAGCUUAAGCUGCGACUGGGCUUUCUUUUGGAGCUAGGACUCAGGACAUUGUUCUCUGAUAACAUUUUGUUGAGUCCUUCAAAAUUAUGGGUGGUUAUAAUAGCAAUGUAUUGACUGAAAAUUCACAGCAGAAUGACCCAUUGGUCGUGAUACGCAAUGGAAAAGAGAUCAUCUUACAGGCCUUCAAUUGGGAAUCCCACAAGUAUGACUGGUGGAGGAAUUUAGAUCGAAAAGUUCCUGAUAUUUCAAAAUCUGGCUUUACAAGUGCAUGGUUACCUCCAGCUACUCAUUCAUUUUCAUCAGAAGGUUACCUUCCACAAAAUCUCUACAAUCUCAAUUCUGCAUAUGGUUCAGAACACCUCUUAAAAGCUCUACUUUAUAAGAUGAAACAGUACAAAGUUAGACCAAUGGCUGACAUAGUCAUUAAUCAUCGUGUUGGAACUACUCAAGGGAAUGGUGGAAGGUAUAACCGCUACGAUGGAAUUCCAUUGUCUUGGGAUGAGCGUGCUGUUACAUGCUGUAGUGGUGGACUGGGAAACAGAAGCACCGGAGACAACUUUCAUGGUGUACCUAAUAUUGAUCAUACACAAAACUUUGUGAGAAAAGACAUUGUUGGCUGGUUGCGAUGGCUAAGAUACACUGUUGGCUUUGAUGAUUUUCGUUUUGAUUUUGCCAAAGGCUACUCUCCGAAGUACGUGAAGGAAUAUAUUGAAGGAGCAAAACCAAUAUUUUCCGUCGGUGAAUAUUGGGAUACAUGCAACUAUAGAGGCACCUAUUUGGAUUACAACCAAGAUAGUCAUAGACAAAGGAUCAUUAACUGGAUUGAUGGAGCAGGGCAGCUUUCAGCAGCAUUUGAUUUCACAACCAAAGCGAUUCUACAGGAAGCUGUGAAAGGGCAAUUCUGGCGCUUGCGAGAUUCUCAAGGGAAGCCGCCAGGAGUUAUGGGGUGGUGGCCUUCAAGGGCUGUCACAUUUAUUGACAAUCAUGACACUGGAUCCACACAGAAUCACUGGCCUUUCCCUUCCCAUCAUAUUAUGGAGGGCUAUGCAUAUAUACUCACUCAUCCCGGGAUUCCUGCGGUAUUUUACGAUCAUUUCUACGACUGGGGAGAUUCAAUUCACAACGAAAUCGUGAAGCUGAUACAAAUCCGACGCAAUCAAGGGAUAAAUAGCCGUUCAUCCAUAAGGAUUCUGGAGGCUCAGCCAAACCUAUAUGCUGCAAUAAUUGAUGAAAAGGUUUGCAUGAAGAUAGGGGAUGGGUCGUGGUGCCCAGCUGGGCUGGAGUGGACUCUUGCAACUAGUGGCUGCCGCUAUGCUGUAUGGCACAAAUAACAAUCUCGUUCUGGGAUUGAGAUCACCAUCCUCUAAAGGGUUAUGGGAGGAGGAAAAUUGUCAGUCCAUUACACAAAAGUAUUAUUAGGGAUGAGAUGGUGCACACUAGACCAUAUAUGGAAUAGGAUGGUGAUAAACACAUAGUCUGUUUCAUUUACUUUUACAGUAGAGCAUUUUCAAUACAAAAUUGUAAAACGUUCACUAAUCACUAGUGCUUUACCAAAAAGUUUAAAGGAGUCCCGCAUGAUUCCCUUGUGAGUCAUAUGGGGUAUUGUGGCACCAUAAUCACCGUCCAUUUUUCUAAAAAAUGAGUUGGUGACUAUGAUGCCACAAUACCCCAUAUGACUCAUAAGGAAGUUAUAUGGAUCUCCAUAAAUCUACUCUGGUUUACUCCCACAUGAGACAUAUAUACAUAAAAAUUAAUAAAUACUAAAUAAGACUUGUCUCUUUACUUUCA